AUGGCUGGAAAGACUGCUGCGCAAGAAGAAUUCGAUAAUAUUAUAGCGAAGGCUUCUGCGAGAGAUAAUUACCAUCAUCCGGACGACGAGAGAGAUUAUAGUUUCGACAAGCAGAAUAGUGAUAUAGAUGAGGAAGACGAGUACCAUAAUCGAAAUAUUGAAGAGACGAUGAAGAUGCCGUUGUUUGAUCGGUCGAGUUCGGGGGGGUUGAAUGAGCCGCUGAAGUUACCGCAUCGGGAUUUUGAUAGUGGGAGGACGACGGGAGUUAAGGGGGUGAUUGCUGAUGCGAGGAGUUUUGAAGAGGCAAAGAAGACGGGGGGUUGGAGGAAUAAGUUGAGGGGGAAUACGAUUACAAAGGCGACGUUUCGAAAGGAUGGGUCGUCGGGGGAGGAGGGCGAGAGGAGUGAUGAUGAGGAGUUUUUGGAAAGGUGGAGACAACAACGACGGGUGCAGAUGCAGCAGAGUGAAGGGAAGGAUGUCAGGAAUAGGAGGACGAGUCCUAGUGUGAGGAGAUAUGGAAGAUUCGACGAGGUAGAUGCUCUUGGGUAUCUUGACGCGAUAGAGAAAGUGGGCAGAGAAACCAUCGUCGUUGUUUUUGUUUAUGAUCCCGAGUGCGACGUCUCCCAAGUAAUUAACUCAGCCCUCCUCCCUCUCGUCACCGCCAAUCCUACCGUCCAUUUUGUGCGCGUCCAUUACGAAGAUAUCGAAUUUGAUAACGCGGGUGUACCGGCUAUCCUCGCGUAUAAAAAUCAGGGAGAUCUGUUUGCGAAUCUUACGUAUAUCAUUGAUCAGAUUCCUGAUGAUACCAUCUUUGAUACUAAAGCUUUAAAGGAUGUUUUGGUCAGACAUCAGGUUCUUUAA